GCCCUGCUGUUGUAGACGUUCUAGUACUAAGUGUACGUGCUGCCAGUGUGCUUCUAGGUUUGCGCAAUAACAUUAGUAAAAACCAAACUGCUUGUAACAUACUAAAUACGAUAUUCUGUAUCUCUUGUUCACAUACACUAUCCCAUGAAAACUUUGUACUUGAGGAUAAACUUUACAAAACAUGCUCUGAAUGCUUGAUCACUAAGAGAACUAUUAAAAGUGAUAGCAUCAAUAUUGAAAAUACUUCUAUAGAAAAAAUUUCUUUUAAAGAAAUUAGUGAUUAUAUAACUGAUAGCUUAGAGUAUAAUAAUAAACUUCAUAUUAAUUUUCAUGUUAUACAUAAAGAAAAAAUACUUAAUAUUGCUGAUAUGAAUGUUAAACUAAUGGCUAAAUUGAUUGUCAAUGAAAUUGAAGAGGCAGGUGGUUAUAAUUAG